UUAAAAAAGAAAAAAGAACUCCCACUUUUAAAAUUCUCAAACGCUAAGAAGUGCGAGGUAAAACGUGGCCGCUACUGAUUAGAGCAGGUAGGAGAGUGUGAGGGGCUCAGGGCUGCCCAGCAUGUCAGGUAUUAACAGAGCGAGUGUGAUUAAAUGUGGGAGGUAGGAGCUGUGAGGCUGGCGGAGAGCGCUGCUGCCGCUGCGAGCUGGAAACUACUGAAUGGGAAUCUAUCCGGCAACUUCAUCAGACCGCUGUCUCUCGGCGACACGGGACUGCGUAAAACCAAGCGGCGCGUCUCCAAGUCUGGGUCAGCCCAACUCGCAGACGAAGAGGACGCUCAAGUUGGAUCGGGCGAGCAGCAGCUUUUCACUUGUUACCGGCGCUCGGCUCCCACUAACAUGCCUGCCAUCAAGAAGGAGAGGCUGGAUGGAGACGACAUGGCAUUGACUGCGUUCAACCCCUCUGAAUACUUGGCCCCUUUAAAUGCCACCGCUAUCCCCGUGGUGACCCCGCAUCCGCCGCCCUACGACCACAUUUUCGCCCAUCAUCGCGCGUACUUGGGGCUCCACGACUCGGCGCUGCAUCACCAGCACCUCCACCAUCACACGGACGACUUAAUGGUAGAGAGGUUCUCCUCCAUCCCCGACUUUCAGCCCUUCUUCGACAACGGGGAGCCUUGCAUUGAGGUGGAGUGCGGGGAAAACAAGGCUUUGCUUUAUAUCAAUAAACUGUGUCAAGGCAGUAAGGGACCCUCAAUUAAAUACAGGGGCGAGUGGCUCACCCCCAACGAGUUCCAGUUUGUCAGUGGACGUGAGACUGCCAAAGAUUGGAAACGGAGUAUCAGACACAAAGGAAAAAGUCUCAAGACUCUUAUGUCCAAAGGAAUCUUACAGGUGCAUCCACCCAUCUGCGAUUGCCCUGGUUGUCGAAUUUCAUCCCCAGUGAACCGCGGGCGCUUGGCAGAGAAGCGCACCAUCCCCCUGCCACCUAACCGGGUGCCCAAGAAGGAGCUGGCCUCCAUUUUCAGCAGUGACGACAGUGAAGGCAGUGACCGGGCCAGUGGGGAUCAUGCUCACAUCAAACAGGAGGAUGAGCUGCAUUACAGUAUCAUGAGAAAAAGUCGUGACACUGACCUCUCUACAAUUAUCUCCAACCUGCACCACACCAGACAGCACGGCAUGCCCGAAGGCCAGUCCGCCUCUGACCACGGCACCAGUACUGGACACACAGAUGACCUUCUAGGCAAGAGGAGAAGCUUCUCUCCCAACAGCAGCAGCGAGUGUCCCUCUGAAAGCAAGAAGUUACGCAGUGUAUCCCCCAAAGAAAACUCCCAGAGCCCAGGGGUGGAGGCAGGCGGCAGCCACGGCCACAUGAGCCCUGAGGAACAUUACAGGCGCAUGAUGUCAGCGCUCAGCGAGCAAGGGUCCUACGAGGAGCAGCAGCAACGCCUCUACCAGCUAGCAAGCAGCAUGGGUCUGCCCGGUCACGACAUGCUGCGAGCUCGCCAGGAAGCGCUGGCUGCGGCGGUGAGGAAUCCAGUGGCCUUAGAAGCUCACCUGCCCUCGGCGGGAAGCUCUUCUUCAUCCAGCCAGAGACGCAAGCAGGGCCUGCCGCAGCAUCGGGACGCGCAUUAUACCGACAGAGAAAUGUCCCAUCCUCCACCCCUACUGUCCCCUCCAACUGCUCCUCACAUCGCCUUAGGACCUCACUUGCGGCCUCCUUUCCUUGGCAUGCCCUCUGCUCUUUGCCAAGCCCCCGGUUACGGUUUCCUUCAGCCAGCUCAAGCAGAGCUCUUUGCCCGCCAACAGGAGCUCUUGAGAAAGCAGAACCUGGCCAGACUUGAGAUGUCAGCCGAGCUGCUGAGACAGAAAGAGUUGGAAAAUCUCCACCAGCGACAGCAACAGCAACGUCUGCUGGGCUCUGACCCUCUGGGGGCUCUACCGCCUGGAAUUCCUCUCGACCAUCCAGCAUUGCGGAGCCUCCACGACAUCCCAGAGGGCCAUCCUCUCCGCGAGGAACUGGCCCGCCGCACGAACGCAAUGCUGGUGCUUCGACACGGGGCUACCACGCCCCUCCUAACACUCAACCACCAACAACAGCAACAACCGGGGGCGUCGUCCACACCCAAAGACACCCAGCCGCAAAGCUCCACUGCUGGCACAGACGCCGAAUCCAGAAAGAUGGCCCGCAGGGUCCCCCAGACGCAAAUCCAUAGUGGGGAUCACAGAGAAGGAAGAGAGGACAGAGGAAGGGAGGAAGACAUGGAAGUGCACGAAGAGGAUAUGAAGGACUCAGACAGCGAGACAGAGAUGUGCGACGAGAGGCUGGAGAGAGUCGGUGCCAAGUCCAGCAGUAAACCCAAGGACAGGGGUAAAGACACUGGCAGCAAGGGAGUGUGUGACAGUGCCAAGGAGACUGUAGAGCGCUCAGGCAGGCUGAGCGCCCCGUGUAGUUCUGCAGGUACAGAGUCCCCCAGUCGCCACCUUUUUACCACUGGACUGGGCAAAACCGAUCUCAAGUACCACCUGCCACCAGGGUUCCUGCCACCGCUACCUGCUCUUCAUGCCCAGUCAUUUCCCUUCGGAUUCCCCUACGCCAACCCUUAUUUUCACACGGGCUCUUUGGGAGGUCUUUUCAUGGAUGGGGAGGACUCAGCCACAGCAAACCCUGCGGAGGACAUCAGCAAGUGGAGUGUGGAGGAUGUGUGCGGCUUCAUAAGCAGCCUGGCAGGAUGUGCUGAAUACACACAGGUGUUUCGGGAGCAGGCCAUUGAUGGAGAGACAUUGCCACUGCUCACUGAGGAGCACCUGCUCAACACCAUGGGAUUAAAGCUGGGGCCCGCACUCAAGAUCCGCUCACAGGUGGCUCGCCGCGUUGGCAGGCUUUUCUACAUGACAGGAUUCCCACUGGCAUUCCCGUUUCCACCUUCUGCUGCCCUGCGACCCCCAGAGCGCGAUCGGGACCCCCUGACUGCGCCAUCUGACACACCCUUGCCCCUCUCUCUCUCUGUGCCACACCGACCCACUUCCACCAGCAGCAGUUCCUCCCCUUACAGCGGCCCCACCCCAGGUUGCUCCUCCCCCAAGCAGGAAAACGGCAACGUGGUAGGACGAUACGAGGCCAAAACCCCCUCAUAGGAGUGUAAGGGAAGGGGUGAGAAUGGAAGACUAGUCUCAUGAAUGGGGAUGGGGGAGUGUAACUUGAAGCAGACUGACCUCUCAAUACCUUCACCUUUUGAAACUUACGGGAAAAUAACAGACUUGAAUAAAAAAAAACAACAACAACUGGACAGUAUGGACCGUAUCCGACAAACCAAUCAGCUGAGUUCCUCUGCAGGGGCUGUAGCCGAGCAGAAUCCAAAGAAACUGGGUUGGAAGGGAGAGACGUGAAGCGACAGAGAAAAAGGAGACAGCUGGUCACAGCAAGCCUGCCAAAAAAAUGGAGCAAAGCCCUGCCACAAAUGCGACAUUCUUGCAAGUCAGACAGUCAGACGCUAGCGGAAACUCUUCCUUCCUUCCUGGGCUGGAGGAAGCUCUGCUCACUCGCUCACUCUCUUUCUCUGGUCUCUGCAUCUCUGACUGCUCUCACCCAGAACCCUGCAAAGCCCAGGAAUUUAAAAAAGAGACAUUUAUCCCUCCCUCCCCUCUUCCUCGCCCCUUUCCCUGAGGCCAAACAGCAGCGUGGUGCUGUAUGUUGGUUUGUUUUUCUUUUUUUUGGUUAUUUUUUUCUUCUUCUAGAGGCUGGAGUUGAAACAUAUGCUGAGCAGCACCAGAUCUGACCAGCUUCCUCUCUUAUCACUGCAACUAUGCAUUCCGCUGUCCCGAUACCAAAGAUGACCGGAUAUGUGGAAUUGAAACCAUGUUUCACAACGUGUCUGCGCUUCUUUUUGCAUUAACGGUCAAACAGGGGAAUGCUAGGCUUAGUGCCUCACUCAGUGGGACUCUUAUUUGAGAUGACACAGGUAGAGCCGCCGUUUACUGACAAACAAAGGAUUAAAAAAUGCUAAGAAAUGGAGAAGCCUCAAUAGCAGCUGUGGUUUGUACCCCUUAUGUCAUUGUACGCUUGUGUUGACUACUGUGGGAGGUAGGAAAAACAUGCAAAAUUGUACAGAAUCAUGCUUAAGAUGAAAAUAUCCUGAAGAUUACAUACGUGGUACUUUUACUUUUUGUUAAAUGUAGUUGCACGAUUAAGGUUUUCUUUACUGAGAAAAAAAAAAGUGACUUGCUGAACUUUGGUGGUACUUUUUGUUCAUGAGUUUUUGUUUUGCCCUUUUUUUAAAAAAAAGUGUAAUAUUAAAAAAAAAAACGACAAAAAACAAAAACGUAUGCUCCAAUCUCGAAUGCUACUUCAGCAUAUAAAUAUGAGGACAAAAAUAUUUAUAGGACUUUUAAUGUAGUAGAUAAAACAGAUGAUGAUAUGUAUUAAAAUUAGCCCUCAAGAUGGAAUUCCAAAGAUACUUUUACUUUCUCUCUUGGUUGCAGGGAAAAGAAAGGCACAAGCUCUUAAUGCAAAUGUUUUGAAUUUGUUAUGGGUUUUUUUUGUUUUUUUUUUACUACGCAAACAAAUUAAAAAUGGUCUCUAGAUUUCCCUUCAAAAGUUUGUCUUCAUCCUAUUUUUCUAUUCACCACACGGGUGAAAUAAAUGCUAAAGAAAGCC